UCCCGUAAAGAUUUAAUUUUUCCAGCAAAUCUCUCUUUUGGGCAACUGGUAGCCUCCUGCCGCCUCUCUCCUUUUUUUCUAGACUCAUCCUCGUUGAAAAAGACGAUCCUGAUGAAUUGAGCAGUCAGGAUCGAUGAUUAAUAGAAAUUAGUUUAUUUUUUAAUGGAAAAAAAGAUUGAAACGACACCGUUGUUGUCUUGAUUGCCUAAUCUUCUUAACCCUCUUGGCCGGAAAACCUAAAUCCCCCAUACACAAAAUGCUAGUUCGAAAUCGACUGUUCACUUUCUUAUCAUCUUCAUCGUUACUACCUGCGUCUCCUAAACAAUGCCAAUUUACUCUCUCCUUUAGAGCCAACUUCUCUCGCUCCAUCCGAAAUCCGACUCCGGGUUCAAACUCGAGGCCUCAUGUGGCCACGGCUUCAAAAACCACAAAACAGUCGCAACCCCUGUCAGACACGGCUAGGUUUGUCCGGACCGUCCUCUUUGUGCCGCCUGGUGUCGACCCGGACGAGGUGACUGAAGACAUGAUUUUGCCUGGGUCGAAUAUCGUGGUGGGCCCCUACUCGGGUCAUUCCCAGAUUAAGGAAGUGGAGUUUGUAAAGAGCAGUGGUCGGGCCAAAGAUUGCCCCAAGGAUGACCGACCCGAGUUUGCAAUCGUGGGUCGCUCCAAUGUGGGAAAGUCUUCGCUUAUUAAUGCUCUGGUUCGCAAAAAAGAAGUUGCCCUCACAUCGAAAAAACCAGGGAAGACUCAACUAAUAAAUCAUUUUUUGGUGAACAAAAGUUGGUAUAUUGUGGAUUUGCCUGGUUAUGGUUUUGCUAAAGCUCCAGAUGCUGCUCGAAUGGAUUGGUUCUCAUUCACAAAAAGCUAUUUUCUAAAUAGAGAAACUCUGGUCGGUGUCCUUCUUCUCAUUGAUGCAAGUGUUCCACCUCAGAAGAUUGACCUGGACUGUGCUAAUUGGCUUGGACGUAACAAUAUACCAAUGACUUUUGUUUUCACAAAAUGUGACAAGAUGAAGGUGGCCAAAGGAAGAAAGCCUGAUGAGAACAUCAGGAGUUUCCAGGAGCUGAUAAGAGAAAACUACCCAAAACACCCUCCUUGGAUCAUGACCAGUAGUGUCACUGGUUUGGGCAGAGAUGAGCUUUUGUUGCAUAUGUCACAGCUAAGGAACUACUGGGAUCAAUAGGGAGAGAGUCAAACCUGAUAUAUCUUCAAUUACCGGUACACAAAUGCUACAAUUUUGAUCUGAAUUGCCAUUCGCUGUUGUCAAAACUUUAUGUUGAGCCUUUUGGAAUCUUACUGAGAUGUGUAAUAUGACUUUUACAAUGUAUAUAUAGAGGAAUCAUAUUCUGUAUUCUUUAACAUUUCGAACUUGAACAAGUUCGCUUCAAAUUCACCCCUAGUUGGAAGAGCA